AGAAAAUGGCUGCCACUUUGGUUUCGAGCAAUAGAAGCUUCAAAGGACGGCAAUUUGUGUACAAACAUGCCAGCUCGACAACUCAAUGUGAAAUGACAUUUGGAGUGUAUAUUCCGGAUCACAAGCCAGACGAGAAGCUUCCAGCGCUUUUUUACCUUUCCGGCCUCACCUGCACCCACGCGAAUUUCAUGGAAAAGUCGGGAUUCCAGCAAUUUGCCUCUAAGCACCGUCUCGUCGUUGUUCACCCGGAUACAUCGCCACGUGGAGUCGAUGUGGACGGCGAUUCGGAAAGUUGGGAUUUCGGAAAGGGAGCCGGAUUUUAUGUGAAUGCUACUGUCGAGAAAUGGGCGAAAAACUAUCGAAUGUACGAUUAUAUUGUGAAGGAGCUGUUGGAAGAGGUGGUGCCCUCCGUUGCGCCGAUUGAUUUGGCGAAAAUUGGAAUCUUCGGUCACUCAAUGGGCGGCCACGGAGCUCUAACAAUCGGUCUCAGGAAUUCAUCGAAAUUUCAAUCAAUUUCCGCAUUUGCACCAAUUUGCAACCCAAUCACCGUUCCAUGGGGCCAAAAAGCACUAACCGGAUACCUGGGUGACGAGGACAAAUCCACGUGGAAUCAAUAUGACGCUUCUGAAGUACUAAAAGCCUAUUCCGGCCCGAAACGCGAGAUUCUCGUCGAUCAAGGUGCGGCCGACAAUUUCCUGGCUCAACUCAAACCAGAAACGCUGAAAUCGAAGGAAAACGCGGAGAUUGUGGUCAGAAUGCAAGCGGAAUUCGAUCAUUCGUAUUAUUUUAUCGCAAGCUUCAUGGCUGAUCAUUUCGAACAUCAUGCAAAGAUUUUGAAUAAGAUUUAAUUGAGGAAAUAUAUUUAUUUAUAUUUAUUUUAUUUUCGUCACUUAUUUAAAUUUAUUUAAAUUUC